CCGUAAUAGUCAUGAUAUAUGGUGAUGCCGGCAUUUUCUAUUUUGCGAUUCGUCAAAUAGAGCUCAAGCGCUGGCUCUGGUGUCACGGUGUUCGGGAUGACGGUCGUGCUUUGGCCGCCACUGUUUCUAUCACGGUGAGUGUCUUAUUCUCAGCUUGUCGAAUCUCUGCUGCCUAAUACUAACUAACUACUACCACUGAGUACUACCAUAAGCCUCAGCUGUCGAUAUAUCAGCCUUGAGCAGGCUUGUUAAACAGUUGAAAAUACUAAAAAAAUUUCAUAGUACUUUCUUCAUGACGUCAUGACCCGGAUGGGGACGUAGGUGCAGGUAAAUGCCCCUUACUAUCGCACUACUCAUGCACUCCUGCCUCCAGAUCUGUGAAGUUCUGCGGAACAUUUUUUCGGCCUUAAACAAUUAUGAAGACAUCACACUUGACGUACAGGAACCAUCCAGGCCCGUUGACGGUGUGGAUGUUCGACGCCAGACUCUCGCACGUCUCGCCAGGACUUGUCGCACAUUCUCGGAGCUUGCUCUGGAUGUGCUCUGGGCUCACAUAGAUACUCUCAACCCUGUAGUACAAUGUCUCCCCAGGCACGUGUGGUCUCGACAUCGUCACAGUCGUAGUCUGAAGAUAGAUAGUUGCGUUCUGAUUGUUCAUUGGCGGGGCAUCGAAAAGUACCUUAUAAGGGUUCGCGCCCUUGGCAAACUGGGGCGUAGUGCCAUGGGUGACAUGUCCCAGGAACUUGCGCAUACCCUCUGCAGUCAUCCCUGGCCUUUUUUACUCCCUCGCCUUGAAAAACUAUCUUGGUCGGACAGUAGCCAUGAAUCUACUCACCUUCUUUCCAACCUUCUCAGCCCCACCCUGACUGAGCUUCAUCUACACGCGACGGGUAACCUGUUUAUGCUUUCGGUUUUAUCAAACCUGGGAGUUACAUGUCCCCUCAUGAAAUCCUUCUCCACCACUGGCUUUAAUUCAGCUGCAUCCAUCCCGGUUUCAAAAGCUGUUGUAUGUGGUUGGCACCAGCUCAAGACCCUUAGCACAGAAGCCAUCGAUGGGCCCGCCCUAUUUCACCUCUCCACUCUUCCUUUCCUUACAACUUGCAACUCUCAUUUCUAUCCCUGAAUAGGGACUCCUCCAAAUACAGUCCGACCACAUUUUCAAACCCUCUUCGCCAUCUCACAAUCCGUGCGCAGAGUUCCGAGUUAUGCAUACCUUUCCUUGAAGCAACGUGGAUACCUGCGAGAAGAGUAUCCAUCU